GGAGUGAGAGAAAUCUGCAUCACUGCUCUGCUUGCGGCGGCCUCGAACUCCCCUGUUUGGCCGUUCCUCUCCGGCUCUCCCCAGCCGCCUCCGCGCUCUGUUCGUCCGCUUUCCCUCCGAGAUCAUGGGUCUACUCAGCAUCAUCAGGAAGAUCAAGCGCAAGGAGAAGGAGAUGCGCAUCCUCAUGGUGGGUCUGGACAACUCGGGGAAGACGACCAUCGUGCUCAAGAUCAACGGGGAGGACACCAGCGUCAUCAGCCCCACCCUCGGCUUCAACAUCAAGACCAUCAAGUACCACAAAUACUCGUUGAACAUAUGGGAUGUUGGAGGACAGAAGACUAUCCGGUCUUAUUGGAGAAAUUACUUUGAGCAGACUGAUGGACUAGUUUGGGUGGUUGAUAGUUCAGAUGUACGGAGGCUUGAUGAUUGCCGUGCUGAACUCCACAAUCUCUUGAAAGAAGAGGUAUACUUCUACAGUUGCACCGUUGGCCGACUGACUCGCUUGCCUUCCUUUCAGGUUCUGAAUCUUGAAGUGAUGGACGGGAGCAGGCACUGGAAGAUCGUCGGCUGCAGCGCCUACACCGGCGAGGGGCUUCUCGACGGAUUCGACUGGCUGGUGCAGGACAUUGCCUCUCGGAUCUACGUCCUAGACUGA